AUGUCACGUUUCGCGGGCAGUCGACUGCGGGGCGAUGGCGACAAGGGCGAGCACGAAGACGGCGACGCAGAGCGAAGAGGCGAAACAGACUGCGCGCCGCCGCGCCUGAGCGGAGACGCGCAGCCGGCCUUCGCCUUCUCCGCGCCUUCCGCCCACAGCAACGGCUCCAUCAAGCGCGAAAAUGUCAGCGGCAUGAUGGAGCCGACCACCUGCGUAUCGUCCGUGACAGACGGAAGGGAAGACCUCACGCGCGGCGAGGGCGCCUACGCCGCGGCUGAUACCCCCGCGGAGUGCGGCUCAGCGCGCCUCCGCGACGCCGAGGACGAUAUGGAUGUCGUCAUGACUGAGGCCUUCGCGGACGCGCCGCUGAUCUGUGGCGCGCCAGGCUCGCCGAGAGACUCUGGGCCUCUUCCCGUGGACGCCGGCGGCGCGCGAGAUGCUGGCUCGUUUGCUCUGUCUGCUCACGAUGCGGCCUCGCCUGAUGACUCCGCCUCUGCCUCCGCGGCGCUCCGCGGAGAGGGGGAGGAGGCCAGCGCGGCGGAGCCCGACGCGCAUGCGGCGCCCGCGCAGAGCGCAGAGGAGGCGGAAGAAGGCGGGCGUUCAGUGUCGUCUUUCUUCUUCCAGCACCUUCGGACUGCCGCGGCGGGUCGGGAGGAAGGCCGCUGCGCGAGCGAACUCGAAGGCUCCGCGGCGAGCGACGCGAUGGAUGCGGGCGCUGCCGCGGAGGAGAGGCACGCGGACGGGGGCGCGCCGGUGGCUUUGGGGAGAGGAGACGCGGCGUGCGAGACUGCUUGCGGCGAAUUUGCAGCGAGAGCGAAAGAGGAUGCGCAGGCGCCGAGCGGGGAGGGAGAGGAGGCGAGUGCGACGGCGGGCGUCGAGUCUGCGCCGCGUGACGCUUCGCCGCACGCGCAGGAGGUUCCUGUCGCAGGGGCAAAUGAUGGCGCGCCGCCGCCUCCAGCGUCUGCGUCUUGCACGGCGGCGGACGCGGAGGAGGAUAUGGGCGGGGGCGGCGAGGCCUCCGCAGAGUCCUCGCUGGCGUCUCGCCGCGGGAGCCGAAGCGAGCGUAAGGUGCGAGGCCGGCGCUCGAGCGAGAAGCGGGAGGAGGAUCGCGAAGAAGAGGAGGAAGAGAGGCGCAGGCGGCCGGAGGAAGAAGAGGCGGAGCUGCUGCGGUACCACAGCGACAUUCCCGAAGACGUUCGCGAGGGGAGGUGGUGUACGAAGGCCGCGACGCACUACAUGCAUCUGAAAGUUUUGAUUUACCUGCACUUCCUCGUCUACCUUGACCGCGGCUUUGUGCGGAGUGCCUCCGCCAACGAGGACGGUCAGGAAGAAGACCUCUCGCCGCCGCACCCGAGCAUCAACGCGGAUUCGCCCUUUCUCUUCGACCUCGCGGAUCCUCUCCGGCCUUCCUUCUCCACGCUCUCUCUUCUAGACCUCUUCAACUCCAUGCUCGCUCGGUACGGAGGCAGGUCGCAACUCUCGCUGUCAAAGUCGACCCCACAGUGUCGUCUUCGUCCUUCUCACGCUUUCGCGCACUGCCAGGAGUUCCCCUUGCGUGCCUUUCACUGUUUGGAGAUGCGCGCGUUCGCGUCGCAUCCGCGGUCUCGCCUUGCCUCUCUCUCUCGCAUACUCUCUGUCUGUCCCUUUCUCGCGUCUGGAAACUUGCCCUUUGCGGUAGGAAUCGUCGCCAAACACCCCUUAUGUGGAUUCCCGUCUCCGGAGGGUGAAGGAACUGCGCACUUGUCUCCACAGCUGCAUCGCGUCCAGCCUCUGCCUCUGCUUUCUCUUCUUGCGUGGCAUUUCGCCUGCGCGUCUGCGUCUUCCGCUGUGCUUUUCCGCGCGCCGCUCCACGGGCUCGCGAUCGGCUGUGUGUGUCUCUGCAGGUAUGGCGCCGCCGCCGUGGAGGGCGUGUGCGCGUUUCUGACCUGUGACGCGGGUUUCCUCCACUACGUCCGCUGCCAUUUCCUGCGAGACUGCCUGAAGGCAGCGCGAGACGAAGAGGAGGAGCGCCGCCGGCGCGAGCAGGGCGACGAAGUCUCCACGGAGGAAGAGGAUGACGACCGACACCGCGGCGAGGGGCGGCGGCGCAGCGAGAAGCGCCGCCGAUCCUCGUCGGGCGUCGCGUCGCGCGAAGACGAGGGAGAAGAACAGUGCGACUCGUCGGUCUUCUCCUCGCUGUCGUCGUCGUCUUCCUCUGAAGACGAGGGCAGCUGCGCGGCAUCGCCCACCUCGUCGCCGCCGCCGUUCUCCGCGUUUCCACCGAUCGACUCUCCGCUCUUCCCCGCGCUGCCCGUCUCGCCAGAGCCGCAGCCGCGAGGGCGGGCGUUGGGCGGACGGCGCGCGCCGGUCGUCUGCGAGCUGCUCCACGCCUCAGACCCCGUGAAGUGCUGCUGCCGCCUCGCGCGCGCAGCGGAAGACGACGACGGCGGGAAGGCCAGGAAGCGGCGCGGCGGCCGCCAGGGCUCCGGCAGCAGCGGGGUUGCGAGGGCGCUGCCGCUGCUGCAGAGCGCCUUCGAGUGCGAAGACCUGCAUCUGCCGCCGCCGCUGCCGGCCUCUUUUCGGCGCUACGUGCCGCCGCAGUGCUUUCCGACACUGCCUGCGUCUGUCUCGCGCGGCGAGGAGGGGGAGGAGGCGAGCGGCGCGUCCGCGCGGCGCGUGGGGGGGGACGACGAGGCUGCGGCGCUGACGAUCGCGUUGAGUUUCACGACGCGGGAUCUCUUGCGGCGCUCGUACACGGUCUACGACUUUUUCGUGACGGCCUUCUCAGAGGGCCUGCCUGCCUUCUUCCGCAACGACUGCCCGCUCUCGUGCGUCUCCUCCUCCUCGUUCCACGACUGGUGCUACCGGCUGCCGCGCCCUUCACUCUCUCCCGGCCUCCUGCCCACGUUCCUGCCCAGUCCCAUCACCGCCGGCGGCGCCGCGCAGCGAGCCGAGGCGGGGGACAGGGCACACGACUUGGAUGCGCUGGAGCACGACGACGCGGCGGCGGCGCCUGAUCAGGGAACGUAUUUGGCGCGGCACACGUCGUUCGAGGGCGGCUGCAUGGUGAACUUCAUGCUGCCGGGGGAGACGCCGGCGUCGAUUCUCUUUUGUCACCUGCUGGACGCGUUCGCGGGGAUCGCCGCCGCGAGUCUGUGCCGCGGCCUGCAUCCGGAGUUCGCCUCCGCGACCACCAACGUAUACCAUAUCGUGAAGGUUCUCGAACUCUUCAUCUUUGCGCGCUCGGGCUCCCUCGACCGCCUCCCCCCCCAUGUGACCUGCGCGCUGCCCAGGCGCUGGAAACACUUGCUCGACUUCACGCCCCUCGAAAAAGCCCCGGCGCGCGUGGGCUCCAGAGGCGGCGCGCGGGCGGCGCCGCCGCGCGAAGCGCAGAGAGAGGUCGACGGGCGCCGCGGGGGCACUGCUGGCGCAGACGGAGGCGCGAGCUUCGAGGGCGCGGGCGAGGCGCGCACGACGCAGGGCGACGAAGAGGGGCGACAGCCGCGCGACGCGCACGCCGAGGAGGCGCGCGACGGGCGAAAAGACGGGGAGCAUGGCGAGCAGGAGCCAGGUGCCGAGACCUUCACGCCAGAGGAGCGACGGGAGUUCCCUGGAGGCGAGGAGGAAGAAGAAACGGCGGCCUCUGUGAACGACAGAAGGAGCGCGGACGCGGCGACGGAGAGGCGCGGCGAAGUCGCGGGCGCCGAGGAGGCGGAAGAAGAAAACGGCGAACCGCCUCUCCUCUCGCUGCCGCUCGUCAUGGCGCACCUGCUUUUCACGAUCCAUCACCCCGCCAGCCAGGAGCUCUUCCUUCGUCUCCUCGGGAGCAACAGCGCGAGCGGGAGUCCGAUCUCGGCGGCGUGUUUCCACGCGUUGCUCUCGGGGCUGCAAUGGCCGGUGCUGCUGUCGACGUCGCUGCGCGAGGCUUCCUGUCAGACGCGCGUGGAUGCGCUGCUCCGCGCGGAGAAUCUGCUGCGCUUGGAGCAGAAAGUCCUCGCGCGCCGGCGGAGGGGCGCCGCGCGCGUGCGGGAGAGGGCGCGCAGCCGCUCAGCGUCGCGACGCGCGUGGAGUCCCGCGUUCUCGCCGACGUUUUUGCUGGCCUCCUCGUCCUCUUCCUCCUCUUCGCGGCGCCUCGCCUCGUCUCCGUCGACGCUCUCGCCGUCUGCCUCGUCCUUCUUCUCCCUCUCGCCGCUGCAGCGCCGCGCAGCCGACGCGCCGCGGCUCGCUAACUCUAGCCGCGACGACCGCGCCCUGCCGCUCACGCCGCUCUCCUUCGCCUCCCUGGCCUCGUCGCCCGUCGCCUCCUCCUCCUCGCUGCCCCCGCCCAGGGCCUCCGCCGCGCCCGCGCGUGCCGUCUCGCCCUCCCCGCGCUGGCGCUCGACGCGGCUCGCCGGUAGCGGGCGCCGCGCGGCCUCCGACGGCGGUCCGUGCACCUGCGCGUCUCCCUACCCCGCCUUCCAGCCCCAGGGACCGCGCGAGUGCUGCCGACGCUGCGGCCUCUACUUUGACGGAUUCUUCUCCAAACGCGCUCUUGCAGGCGAGCCAGAGACGGCUGGAGAGCCCGAGAGGGACUCUCGGCGAGAGACGGCCGCACGCGACGACCUGCGCCGGCGCAUCCCCUCCCUCUACUCCGUCGCUUCCUCACCCUCCUCGGCCUCCUCAGGCGCCGCCGCCGCCUCGGCGUCCUGCGGCCUCGCAGGCGCUGCGCAGAGCUCAGUCGACGCGGACGGCCCCCCGCCGCGCGAGAGGAGUGGCGGCGACGCGUCUGCGGGCGCCGCGCGUCGGUCGGCGGCGCCGCCGCUGUUGGGCUGGCGAGUGUUUCGCUGUGGGACGCGCGCGUGGCGUAGGCGUCUGCUCACGCUGUUUGUCGUCGCGGGGAGGGAGUUCCAGAGCUUGAAGGCCUCGUGGACGUCUCGCCAGCGGCGCCGGGGGGGCGGCAGCCUCGCGUCCGCGCACUUUGCGUGCGCCGAGAAACGCGGCAAAAGCGACGCCGACAGCGCGCGAGGAAAAGACGAAGGCGAAGAGGACUUCCUCACGGCUGCGGCGCUCCGCUUCCCGGCCUGGCUGUGGUGCGCGCAAGACGAUCGCGGCGGGCAUCUGAACCCGCCAGAAGACGGAGGCGCGCCGCCGACGUCGCCACGCGCCUCGCGCCUGGGCUCCGCCGCGCACUCGCGGUCGCACAGCCGACGGCGAAGAGGAAAAGGCGCGAAGAAAGUGGCGAGCGUCGGCAGCGCGCGACAUGACGGCGGCGCGAGUGGCGACGGAUCGGACGCGACGCCUUCCAGGUGGCUGAGAGCUCCGCGCAAGCACCACAGGCGUCGCUCCGCGUCGCCCUCUCUUCCGUCUUCCGCGCCGGAUGUCGCGUCGAGUGCAGCGGCGGCGACGUUGCCGCCUGCCUGCGAAGCCGGGCGAGAGAAGGCGGCGCUGUUCCACCCGCUGUUGGGCUCCGCGCCGACCGCGUCGUCUCUCUCCGGCUCGUCUGGCGAGUCGCUGUCGAGCGAGGGGCGCCACUUGACUGCGCUGCCGCUCGUCUCGCGGUCGCAAGGCGCGCUCGAGGACAAGGAGCGCGAGGCGGAAAUGGAGGGAGGCAGCGAGGCUGCGGCGGCGUCAAGCUCCUCGGCGGCGUGUUCUGCGGCGGCGCUGAGUCCGCCGGGCGCGUGCGGCGGAGGUUCGCGGCCUCACUCGUCGAGUCUCUGUCUGCCGCUGCCUGAGGCUGCGCAGGGCGGACGCGCGCGCUCGGCCGCGGCGUCGCAUGCGCCGCCAGGGCUCCCUCAGCGCCCCCACGGCCUCCACGUGGCGUCGCGGAAGGCGGCGCCGAAGAUCCACGUGCUGCAGUCGUCGCGGUGUCAGUACAGACAGAACGCGCACUCGCUCGCGGCGCUCGCCGCGCGCGGCUUCUUCCUCUUCGGGACGCUCGGACUGACGCCGCAGCAGCUGCAGCACCGCCACGCGGUGCGCCGCCUCCACCUGGAGUUCCCGUAUCUCUUUCUCUCCGACGACGAAGCGGGGCCUACGCGCGCGCGCCGCGACCGCGCGCGAGCGGCGCAGGACGAGUCGUUCAGCGGCGCAGAAGACGCGCGAGGAAGCCCGCGGCGGAGGCACAGCUCCGCUGCGGAGAGCGAGGAAGCCGAGGCGGUGGAGGCGACUCAGUUCGUCCCGGUGCACGACGAGGCGCGCGACGCGAAGCUGCCGCUGCACUUUGCACUUUGGCGGGAGUUCGUGGAGCGCCGGCAGAAGCUGGAGCGACGCCGACGCCGCGAGCGCCUCAGGCGCGAGAAAGAGAUGCGCCGCGAGGAGGAAGAGAUCGCUGCGCGGAAGAAGAAAAAGGCGCAGAAGAAAACAAAACACGAAGGCCGAGAGGGCACGCGCAGUCGCGCUCAUCACGCAGCCGCCAGAGCGCAGCUCGCGCAAGGUGACGCGGAGGGACAGCGAGCAGACGACGCGCCGGCGGCUCGCGCGGAGGACGGCGAAGACGAGGAGGCGCACGCCAGCGCCGACGAUGAGGAAUCCAACGCGCCCUGCGGUCUCGCCGCGGAGCCCGCGUGGUUGCGCGAGAACGAGGCCGUGCGCGCGGGCGACGCGGCUGCGCGGAAGGAGAAGAAAGCACCGCAUCCGCUCGUUUUCCUCGGUUUGCACGACGGCCUGGACGUGCUGCUGCAGCGCAUCUUGGAGGGGAGCUACAAACACCCGAACUGCCGCCCGCCAGGCUGCGUGGGCAUCCACGCCUAUACUCCGGGAAUGAGCGAGGCGCAGUUUCAGACCUGGCUGCAGCAGAAGCUCCAGGAGCGCGUCUCUGGGAUGGAGGAAGUAUACGGAGACAGCGAGUUGAACAUGGCGCUGCAGAAGCGCCUCCUGGAGGCCACCUUCGUGCAGUCGCGAGUCGUCUCUCUUCUCUUCAAGUCGAUUCUCCGCGGCAGCUCGCGGGAGAGCGGCGUCACGCUCCUCUCCGCGAUCCUCUACCACGCGCACUCCGGUCGCGCCCUCGCGCCCUUCCGCGACGAAAUCGCUGCCGCCUGCCUCCCUCAUUUCGCCGAAUACUGCGAACUGCUCUACAUCGCGCUCGCCAAGCCGCCGCAUCGCCACGCGCCCGGCGGCGCCGUCCAGCGGCGGCUGGGCUACCGCGUCGUGGAUCUGAUGGAGCUGUUCAGAAGCGUCAUCGAGCUCGCGCCUGUUGCCGCCUUGGCUGAAGUCCCGUUGCACUUCUGGAAGCGCCUCACGGACUGCUUCUUCGUCUACACGAAAAACACCAUCUUCAUGAGCAAGUGCCUGCCUGUCUUCAAAAAAGUGGCUGACCACGGCAGCAACGAGCUGCAGCGUCUGGUUUUUGUGCACUGCCGGCUGCUGAAGCGUCUCGACGUCGCAGUUUCGUCAUUUCGAAAGCGCCUGCACACCAAGGCGAACACGAAAGACGGUUUGGGCGCGAUCAUGGAUCUCCUGGUGCACCUGAACCACUUUUACCGGACGUCGGCUGAGAGUCUGGAGUUCAGCGAAGACUUUCCUGGUUUGUCGUCUUCCUCUUCGUCGUCAGUGCCGUCUACGCCGACGCCGACGCACCACAGCACUUCUUUUUUCUCCUCGGGUGCGCUGCUGCACGCCUCGGCCUUCUCUUCUUCGCUGCUGUCCUCUCCCUCCACCACUCCGGCGCUCGGCGCCUCCAGCGCCUCGCCGCUCUCGCCGUCGGCGUUCCAGUCGCCCGCCGCGCUCUCCUCUCCCGCGUAUCCGCCGCCGCCGAUCCUCGCGCUGCACCCGGUGCCUCCCAUGAUGGACGACUCCGUCGUGCUCUCUCCGCCUCCCUCGAUGAUGCGGAUCGCCGCGGCGGCUAACUUCGCGGGGCUGCUGCCUGCCUCGCCGGCGCUGGACAGCCCGCGGCACCCGCCACGGUCGUUCCUCUGCAGGGCGAAGGAUCGCAUCGCGCCGCAGGCGGAGACCUACGCGCUGGCUCAAAAGGCGCUGUCGCCCUCAGCCGCCUCGUCGCGCGUGUCGCCACUCGCCUCCGCUUCUUCGGCGUCGUUCGAAGGGACUGCGGACGCGGACAGGCUGUCUGCCGCCGGAGGGGCGGGGGGCGAGGGCGACGCCGAGCGACCGGCGCCCCUCUCCCCAGAGGCGCCCGCGAGCCUCAACGGCUCAGACCUGCUCGCGCUGCCCAAGGCUGGGGGAGGCGCGGGAGUCGGCGGGCGGAUGGCGCCCGAGUCGGCUUUCGGAUCUCUGCUGUUGCCGUCGCCGCCGUCGCCCUCGUCGUCGCCUCUCCUCGCCGCGUCGUGCUCAGCGCGGCUGCAGCAGAGUGCGAGUCUGAGCCCAGGCAGCGUGCCGCUCUCGCCGAGCUCCUCGGCGGCCGCGGGAUUCUCCUCCUUCCCCGCGUGGCUCUUCUCCAGUCUCGCGGCGCAGCCGAGCUUCGUCUCGCUCUGCUCGUGCAGCUCCUGCAGAGAGGCCGCCGGCGCGACGCUUGGCAUGGCGAUUCCGCCGGUGCCUCACGUGCACUGCAGCAGCUGCUCGAGCUGUCACCACAGCGCGCGGAGCGACUCCCGCGCCGCCAGAGCCGAAGACCGCGCCGACGCCAGCGGCGGGGAGCGGAGCCUCGGCGGCGGCAGCGCCCACGACCGCGACCCUGGCGAGGGACCCGCCAGCCCCGAGGCGCGGUGCCACGCUGCCUCUCAGGCGAUCGGCGUUUCGCUGAACGACGCAGAGGGCCGCGACGAAGCAGGACAAGGCGGAGACGCCCGCGAACACCUAGAUGCGCGCGACCCCUGUCCGCCGUCGCCCGCGGCCGCCGACGCCGUAGCGCCUCUUCCCGUGUCCCCCGGCGGGAGGGCGGCAACGGCGACGGUUGCGGACGAGUCUCUCGCCGGCGCGGAGGAGGGCGGCGCGGACGCGCGGUCGGCGUUUUCUUCGCCGACCCCGCCGACGGCUGCAGGCGCCCCGGCGGACAGGGGUCGCGGCGCCGAGGCUCUCGAGGCGCGCGACGACCUGCGGGCGUUGCUUGAGAGGGAGAGAGACAAGCUUGUCGUAGACCUCGACGCGCGCGGCCUGAGUCCGGUCUCCGCGUCGCCGCGGUUCGCCUCGCCUCUCGCCAGUCUGUCGCCGUGCACCGAUCGCUCGCCUGAGCGCGUCGCGCGCAUGCGGAAGGGGGGACCAGAAAAAGGCGACAGACGAGACGAGGGCGACGCGGCGCCCGCCGCCGCGCGCGCGACGCCGAGCUUCUUCUCCCCCGUCCCCAGCGAGGGUGCGUUGCUCGCUGCGGCGCCAGACGGCGCUGGCGAAGCGGCGGACGCCGAGCUCGAGAUGGCAGUCUUCUCGCCCGAAGCGAGUCUCCCCGAGGCAGCGCCGCCGCGGCGGCAGCCUGCGCAGGGGGCAUCCUCCUCGUCUUCCUUCUCUGCGGAGUGCCCUGUCGUCGCUUCUGGGUUUGUGGCCUCGCCGCCCGCAGUCUUCGCGUCGCCCGUCGCCUUCCUCUCACCAGUGUCCUCUCCGCUGUCGCCCGUGAAUCGCGGCGGCGGCGCACUGGCUGCCGCGGUCGCGGCGGCGCGCGGCGGUGAGACCGCGGUCGGGCUCGAUGAGAUGGAGCGGGACGUGACGAUGGAGGAAGAGGAACGAGGCGAAGGCCACGCCGUGGGAGCGCACGGCGCGGGCGCAGGGCCGUGCGACUGCGCGGAGACAGAGGGAGCGGCGCGGAGACAGGACUGUGGAGAUCCGCACGAAGCGGUGAGCUGCGAGUCAAAAAACUCCCCCUCCCGCGUCUCCUCGAUCCUUGCGAGAGCUGUCGCCGCGGCAGUCUCCGCCGCCGGCGCGCCGCGGAAGAGCCCGCCUCGCCCAGACUCGCGCGGAGACGAAGGUCCUCCCGGCGAGGCGAGCGGUAAGCGCCACGGCAGCGGAGAGGCGGAAGCAGUGCAGAGAGAGACAUUCGGCGCGCCCGACGGAGGAGAAGAGAGCUCACAGCGCGGCGGAGACAAGCGCCACACGUGCUGCGCCGAUGAGCUUUGUUCUGCCGGAAGUUCUGCGGCAAGCCAAUCGACCGCAGACGUGGACGUAGCCAUGGGCUCGGAGGAACUGCGGCACGCCUCCGAUCUCUCGUCCCUCGCGGCGAGUGAAGGCCCGAAGGCCGUGGACGCAUCGUCUUCCGCUGCCUUCCAUCUGCCUACCUCGAUUCACGCGUUUUCUCCCUCGUCGCCGUCCUCGCGGCCGUCCUCGGCGUCUUCCUGCUCGGGGGCAGAGCUCUGUCUGCCGCCUCGCCUGCCGCUGGGCGCGGGCUCGCUUCGCGGGGCGACCUCCGGCCUGAUUCUGCCGGCGAAGGAGACAGGCGGGGAGAGUGUGAGCGCCGGCUCGGAGGCGGCGGACGCUGGAGUGUGCUCGUGUCCGCACAGCCGCAGCGCGACGCGGUGUUGCUGCUACGAUAUCUCUCCGCCGUUUUUCUUUACGACGGCAUCCGCCUCGUCUCCAUACACCUCGCCCGCGUCGUUCCAGCCCUUCCUGCUCCCGCCCGCGAACCUCCUCUACGCGCUGUCGCUGCCGGCUGCCUCCGCUCUCGACGGCGGAGGCGGCAGCCCCGUCGCCGCGUCUUCUGCCGCCGCGCUGUCAGGUCUUCCCGGUGCCGCGAGCUUCUCGCCCAUCCUCGCGCCCGCGCUCGCCGGACUGCUCGCCUGCCCAGGCUUCGCGCUGCACGCCGCCGGGGGUCACGGCCGCGACGGCGAGAGCGAGGACUCUGGCAAGUCUUUCCUCACGCAGCUGCUCCUGACCUCGAAGAAGUGGCGGCGCAUCAGCAAGUUCGUCAGCGUGCAGACGCGCGGACCGUCAAUGGAUAUCACCAAUCCGUCGAAUUUCAUGCCUGUGGAGGAAGCGAGGCGUGUGAAGGAGGAGCGGAAGCGACAAGAAAAACUGCAGCAGCACAGCGAAGGGCGCCACCGAAAGUCGCGCUCGGAGAAGAAACAUCGACGGAGAGAGGAGCAGCGCCUAAUGUGGCAGGACCAGCGCGAGGUGCAUCAAAACUCGCGACCGGAACCCGGCGUGCUGCGAGACGACCUCGACGCCUUUCAGCACGGCGGGCGGCACCAUCGUCGCCACCACCAUAAGGGCCUCGAAAAAUGA